AAAAUGAUUUGAUUUGCCUACCCAAUUCAUUGCAUAAAAACGUACGACAUAUGGAAAUGAUACUUCUCUGUCUCUCUCUCUCUGCUCUCUUCUCCAGUUCACCGAGGGCCUAGGGGAUUGGGAACUCCUCUCCUUACAAAGUUCACUUUGGACAGGUGUCGGCAACCUCAUGCAGCGCCCCUUCCAGCUAAAUCCGCACUUGUCUGUAGAUUGACUCACCCGUCGACGCCCACCUCAUGUUCACUCCAAACUCCAAACUUAUAACGAAACUCAUAACUUCUCGGGCUAUAUGGAAAGCCUCAAGAACGGUGAUUUGCCGGAAGAUGUGAUAAUGGAGAUUCUAUUGAGGUUGCCUGUGAAGACCCUGUUGCAGUUGAAAUGUGUUUGCAAGCACUGGUACGCCCUCAUCGGAAGCGCGAUUUUCGUAAAUCAGCAUUUUAGCCAGGAGAGCAAUCAAGAACACCUACUUAUUCGGCAUUACAGACCUGAUGAGGAACGAUAUGUAUUCGCCUUGUAUGUUGAUGAAAUCUUUUCUGAAUACGAAGAGCCUGAUCAUCUACAGAUGCCUGUUACAGUUGCAGCUCUUAUGGGACCCUUAAAUGGCGUAUUCUGUGUGGUUAGUAUUUCGGGGUUUGGAUUAGACCCUUCUAGUGGAGAUUACAAGCUUGUUUCAAUUCAAUACUUUUGGAACGAAGAAAUGGAUGUCCCACACUACCCUUCUCUUGUUUCAGUUUACAACUCGGGUAGUGAUUCCUGGAGACAUUUUGAGGAUGUGGAUUUGGUUAAUUCAAGUCGCUGUGCAUAUAGAUCUCUGUGUAAUACAUACUUGAACGGAGUCUACUAUUGGCUCACAGAGUUUAAUGACACUGAUGUUGCUAUCCUUGCAUUUGACAUGAGCAGUGAGAAGUUUCAAGAAAUACAGGUGCCAGAUUGUAUUAAAUCUAAAGAAGGGGAUCUUGCUUUGUAUGACAGUUCGAUAGCCUUGUUAUCAUGUGAUUUAGAUAAGAUUGAUAAAUGUGUAGAUGUAUGGGUGAUGAAAAAGGAAGGUUGCUGGACUAAAAUAUUAACAGUUGGCCCUUUCCAGGACAUCAAAUGGCCACUUGGUUUCUGGAAGAACAGUGAGGUAUUAUUAGAAACAGGAACUUCACUCUUGACUUUGUACAAUGUCUACACCCAGAAAUUGAGGACUGUUGAAGCUCGAAGAAAAGAAAAUGGCUUUUUCAUUUAUUGGGUUUUUUCUUAUAAGGAGAGCCUUGUUUCAUUACAAGGAGAGGGGAAUAAGUGCAAGCUGUGGGAUACUUCAUCUGAUUUCGUUAAGGAUUUCUUCAAAUAAUCAUCAAGCAACAGUGAUUGUGGUCUGGAUGCCAGAACUUAGGAUGAAGGAUUCGCAACGCGUAGGAGGGAGGAAAUCCUGAUGGCGAGAACCAAUCUACCAUUCUCAAAUGCAUCUGAUCUUUUAUGUAAUCUAAUAGGAGAAACUAAACAAUUGAUAUGUGACUGGAUCCGGGAGUGUAAAGGUCAAAUUUGAAUAUUUGUAGUGCAGAUUAGAUGGGUAUGUGUAUGUAUUUGGUAUUGCUCGGAUGAUUCAUUAACUCAGCUGUAAAAUUUGCUCUUUCCGAAGAGAGAAAAUUCUUUAUGAAAAAGAAAAAUCUUGCUCA